UUAUGGCAUGUCUGGCAACCACUGUAGUUGCAACUGCAGUACUGCACAGCUCCUGUUUCUGUUCUGUCCAACCAGCCCCACGUAUGCGCAGGAAAGCGAGCCUAGCACGUUGAAAAUGCCUCUGGCCAGAGACCUCCUCCACCCUACUAUUGAACAUGAGAGAAGACAACAUAAAAAGAAAAGACUUGUUCAGAGUCCUAACUCCUACUUUAUGGACGUAAAGUGCCCAGGCUGCUACAAGAUCACCACAGUGUUCAGCCAUGCCCAGACUGUGGUACUCUGUGUGGGAUGCUCAACUGUGUUGUGCCAGUCAAAAGGGGGAAAGGCCAGACUGACAGAGGGUUGCUCUUUCCGGAGGAAGCAGCACUAAAGGGACUGCACACUAGUAAUCAUGUCUGUAAUUAAGCCAUGCUGUUGUAAAAUCCCUUAUUUUUCCAUCGAUUACAAUAUAGCUGUGCAUUCACUAAUGGCAGGUUCUGUCACUGUACAGAUGUCCAACUUUUAUGAUAAAUUUAUAAACUAGCAAACAUUUUAAUAUGCAAGACAAAAGUAAAAUCUCUAAGUCAAUAAAGAAACUUAUUAAAAUUUGAA